GAUGUAUGUCAUUCUUGUCAAUUUUGUUUUGUUGUUGAUUUAAUUUUACAAAUCUUCCAAUUCAGAGAAACAAUGAGUUCUGCAAGCAAAGUUGGGGAAAUUUUCACGGCCGCCGGUCAAGCCUUUAACCGUUUAGGUGACCUCACGAUGCAGUUGCACCCCCAUUCGGAAUCCCCCACUGGAAAGUGGACCGAUGAGGAAAUCGAGAUGUUGCGGCAAGUGGUCAAACAAUUCUCUGACGGUCUCAAUCAGAUUUCCGAACACAUUAAACGACGUACCGUAUCCCAAAUUAGGACGGCCUUGAAAAAAAAAGCAUUUGAGGACGCUGGUCUGCCGGUGAGACAACCACAGUCCCAACAAACCGCAGGAGGUGGGGUACAACCUCAGUCUGUAGGUGCCGUAGUGACAGCCCAACAGCCUUCAUUGAUAAAACAAGAGGUGACAUUGAAUAUGUUGAAUGCGGCCGAGUCAGAAGUGGAUGUCGAAGGGCUGCAUGAGGAGUCUGUUAAGUUGGAGUUUGACGGUAGUAAUGAAGAAGUUUCUACUUAAAUUUAGUGAAAGUGUAUGUGUGCGUGUGUACAAAUUUAUAAUUAGGUUAGUAAUAAAUUGUAUAUUUUUUAAAA